AUGAAGGCAUUCUCCCUCCUUGCACUCCCUGGCCUGGCCUAUGCGGCCGUUCAAGGCUUCGACAUUUCCAACUGGCAGCCCACCGUUGAUUACCAGGGCGCCUACGACUCCGGCGCCCGCUUCGUCAUGAUCAAGGCCACCGAAGGAACCAGCUACACCGACCCAUCCUUCAGCAAGCACUACACGGGCGCCACAAAGGCCGGUCUCAUCCGCGGCGGUUACCACUUUGCACGCCCCAGCUCCAGCUCCGGCUCCGCACAAGCAUCCUACUUCCUCGCGCACGGCGGCGGCUGGAGCGCCGAUGGAAUCACCCUCCCGGGCAUGCUCGAUCUCGAGGCCGGGUGCUACGGCCUCUCGGCGUCCGCCAUGGUCAGCUGGAUCGAGGACUUCGGCGAGACGUACAAGGCCAAGGCCGGUCGGUACCCGAUGAUCUACACGACGACGAGCUGGUGGACUCAGUGCACGGGGAACCAUGGCGGGUUCGGCGAGUAUCCGCUUGUUCUGGCGCGGUGGGGGUCGAGUGUCGGGACACUGCCGAAUGGAUGGAGCACGCAUUCGUUCUGGCAGAAUGAUGACUCGUAUAAGUUUGGUGGGGAUUCGGAGGUUUGGAAUGGAAGUGAGGCGAGUCUGAAGACUUUUGCCUCGAAAUAG